AUGAUGUCCUUUAUCUCUCUGCUCCUGGUUGGCAUCAUGUUUCCUGCCAUCCCGGCAAAGCAAUUUACUAAAUGUGAGCUGUCCCAGGUUCUGAAAGACAUGGAUGGCUUUGGAGGCAUUGCCUUGCCUGAAUGGAUCUGUACUAUAUUUCAUACCAGUGGUUAUGAUACACAAACCAUAGUCAAUAACAAUGGCAGCACAGAAUAUGGACUCUUCCAGAUCAACAAUAAAGUUUGGUGCAGGGACAACAAGAUCCUUCAGUCAAGGAACAUCUGUAACAUCUCCUGUGACAAGUUCCUGGAUGAUGACCUUACUGAUGACAUGAUUUGUGCCAAGAAGAUUCUGAAUAAGGAAGGAAUCAACUACUGGUUGGCCCAUAAACCACUCUGCUCUGAGAAGCUGGAACAGUGGCACUGUGAGAAGUUGUGAGUGCCUGCUGUCAUUGUUACUUCUGCCCUCUGUAUGUUCCUAGAAUGUCUCCUC